AUGUCGUUCUCGAAUGACAAAUGGGAACCUGUUUCUGAUGAUGUGGUAGAAGUGGCUGAAGCGGCUGAAGCGGCUGAUGACAGUGAAAUGACAUUGACUUACCGCAAAGGUAAUGGCAGCAAUGGGUGCAGUGAUAAUUUCACAGCUACUGAAGAGAAAGAGGAAGAUGGGACUUCGAGUAAUAGCGACUUUGGAAAAAGUUCAGCAGGUGUGGAUAUUAUAUCUUUCGAGGACGAGAACGAAGACACCAAGGCAGAAGAGAAUGACGAGCAAAACGAUAAAUCAAAUGAGGUUAAACGGAGCAGCAGUAAAACGGAGCAUAAUGAGGAAAAUGUCAGCAACAAUGUGGAUGCGCUCAGUUUUACGGACUCAGAAGACUCUAGGAAAUUAGUUGAUAAGAGAAGGCGAUCUCAAUUGAGCUCUCUCCCUUCUCCAAGGUCUUCCAAUCAUAGAAAAUCUGCAUCUUCAUUGGAUGUUAGUGUCCCACUUACUUUAAAGUCUAGUCCCGCAGACCCCCAUCUAUCAGAUGUAAAUUCUAUUUCCAGUACAGAAAAGAUGUCUCAAAACAAAUAUACCGCUUUAAACUCGGUAAGCAAUAUAAUGAGCAAUGCCGAACAAGACUCUCAAUCCACCAUUAAUAAGCCCGCUCAAGAAAUCCCACAGCGAGUAGCGCAAGCGUCCUUUUUUGAUAAUAUGAUUUCGUCUCUUUCAUUUAAAACAGCUGGACCAAACGGCUUUUCAAAUGCAAACAAAACUUCACAGAACGGUAACGGUAAACCAACAAAUCCACCUGAUAUCAUAACGCAUAGGAGACAGACAUCUGUUGAUAAUAAGAAAUUAGGAAGCAGGAAAGACUCUGUGAUGGAUAUCGCUGAAUCACCUUUACAACAAGCGGAGAAACCUAAAGAAGUAUUUUAUAAAACGCUACCAUCGGAUAACCAAAAAUUCGACCCAAAGAGGUUUGUGGAUGAAAAAUAUCUAGAUACGCCAUUUCACUAUGCAUCGGAAGAGAGGAAUGUAGAAUUUCACAGUUUGUUCACUACUAUGUCUAAGAGUGAUCGACUUUUGGAUGAUUUCAGUUGCACACUCAGCAGAGAAUUUCUGUACCAAGGAAGGAUAUACGUGUCAGUGGAUCACUUGUGUUUUCACUCCAAUCUUCUAGGAUGGGUUGCGAAAGCUAUAAUACCUUUCAAGGAUGUGACGUACAUGGAAAAAACAUCGACAGCAGGUCUGUUUCCUAACGCAAUCUCUAUUGAAACAGAGAAUGGAAGGACACAAUUCAAUGGCUUCAUUUCGAGAGAUGGUGCAUUUACUUUAAUCAAGGAAGUGUGGUCAAGAGCACUGUUGCAGUUAGGAGAAGGCGGAAAUCAAAAGUCAGUUCCUUUAGAUUCUUCCGUAGACAACGAAACUCUUUUGAUGGAUUCUGGAUUCAACAAUAAGGCCUUUGGAAACAUGACUAGGCCAAGCGAGCCACCAAGUCGCGCUUCUUUCAUCAGCGAGAACGACUCUAUAAUAGAGGACGCUAUACGAUCUGUGGACGACUACACACCCUCAUACCCUAGACGUGAUUCUGAAGCCCUUACCGAUGAAUAUUCAGAUGAUGAAGAGGACAAUGGAGUCGAAGCAAAGGACGAAGCUAAAGUAAAAGUAUACAAAUUGAAACAAGGCUCCAAAUAUGAUUACGACGGCCCCUAUUACGGAAAAGAAACUCAAUUGCCAUUUACGCCUGAGAAUGGUAAUGACUAUGUUCUAUCGGAAUUAGAGUAUAAUGCUCCACCGGGCGUAGUUUUUCAGCUAUUAUUCAGUGGCAACAAUCCAUCAUUCUGGCUCGAGUUUUUCCAAUCACAAGACUCCUCCAAUUUUUCAGAUAUUGGAAAUUUCGAGAAUGUAGAUGAGGAGGGUUGUCGCUAUAGAAAUUUCACCUAUGCUAAAGGACUUCAUUUUCCGGUUGGACCCAAAUCAACUAAAUGUGUUGUUGAAGAGAAAAUUUUGCAUAUGGAUUACUCGGAUUAUAUAGAUGUUCUGAACACUACAAGAACGCCUGAUGUUCCAAGUGGAGGUAGCUUUUCCACAAAAACAAGAUAUCUUUUUAGAUGGGGAUCGGCAACAACAUGUAUUUUAAAAGUUUCAUUUUUCGUGGAUUGGACAGCUGGUAGUUGGAUAAAGUCUAUGAUAGAGUCUAGUUGCAAAAGUGGUCAAAUAUCAGCUACAAAGGAUUUGGUCAAACAGAUACAGAGAUACGUUGAGGAUAAUACCUUUGAGACCUUUUCAAGCAUCCCAAGCUCGCCGAAAAAGACGCAAUCAAGAAGUAAGGGUUCAUCCAAAAGUUCCAAAGAUGUUUCAAAGAAAGCUUUCACCAGCAAGACGGUUCUUCCCAUGCCCAAGCCCACUGCUUUUGAAAAACCAAGUGCAUUUAAAAGUGGCAACUCUGUGGUUCUUUUGUCACUUGUCGUGAUAAUAGCACUGCUGGCUUUAAAUCUCAUAUAUCAAAUUAUCAUCAAGAAAGACCUUGACAGAAUAAUUGAUGCUCCCUUUUUCAAGCUGCUCGCUCCAGAGAAUCACAACUUUCAUGCAUUUGCUCGAUCACUCGUUGAUAUUCCAGCAAAAGCUAAUAAUAGUAAAUUCCGAGAGCUGCUAAUACCUAAAUUAUGGGCUGCAUUGCAGGAUAAAGUGGUUGCGAACUUCACUGAUGUGUCCGAAGUUGAAAGCACAUCUAAUCAAGUAUCCCGAGAGCAGUUGAUAACGUUUAUUGAGACUCUGCUCAAGGAAAUAUCUGAUAUUUAG